CUCCACAACACGCGCCUCUUCCUCAAGUGCGGCCGCCGCUACGGCAUCUGCGGCAAGAACGGCGUCGGGAAGACGACGCUCAUGCGCAACGUGAACGUCGGCAAGAUCGAGGGCAUGGACCCGGACCUCGUGUCCGUCUUCGUCGAGUCCCACGCCGACGAGGACCCCGACGACGUGCUCUGCGUCCGCGAGUGGACGACGAAGCGGCCGGAGCUCGUCGAGCGCGGCGCGGCCGACGAGGGCCCGGCCGUCGAGCUCCUGAAGUCCGUGGGCUUCAGCGACGAGUUGCUGGCCACGCCCGUGGGCAACCUGUCCGGCGGCUGGCGCAUGAAGCUGAGUCUCGUCGUGGCGGCGCUCAUGGACGCGGACAUCCUGCUCCUCGACGAGCCGACGAACCACUUGGACGCGAAGUCCGUCGAGUGGCUCCAGCGCUACUUGUGCUCCUGCCGCGCGUGCUGCAUGAUCGUGAGCCACGACACGGGGUUCCUGGACGCGACGUGCACGGACAUCAUCCACUACGAGGAGCGCAAGCUCGUGCGCUACCGCGGGAACCUCUCCGCGUUCGUCGCCAAGGUGCCGUCGGCCGCGUCGUACUACGAGCUCAGUGAAUCCGGCACGAAGUUCGCCUUCCCGGCCCCGGGGCGCCUCGAGGGCAUCGCCACGACCACAAAGGCCAUCGUCAAGCUCGAGAACGCGACCUUCACCUGGCCCGGCCGCGACGUCCCGACGAUCUCCGACUGCUCGUGCAAGCUCACGCUCGGCUCGCGCGUCUGCGUGCUCGGCGAGAACGGCGCGGGCAAGUCGACGCUGAUCAAGCUCCUCGUCGGCGAGAACGGGCCCGACAACGGCGAGUGCCUCUGGCGCCACCACAACCUGCGCAUCGCCUACGUCGCGCAGCACUCGUUCCACCACGUCGAGAUGCACCUGGACAAGUCGCCGUGCGAGUACCUCCAGUGGCGCUUCGGCAAGUUCAUCGACCAGGAGACGCUGAACACGGCGCUGGAGGAGCUCAAGCGCAAGCAGGCCCAGGCGACCUUCGCGGAGCCCGUGCGGCCGCUGCCCUUCACGUUCGAGAAGAUCAUGGGCCGCCGCGAGGGCAAGGGCGGCAUCGAGUACGAGGUCAAGUUCUGGGACCGGCCCGAGCGGCAGAAUUUGUACAUCGAGAAGGAGCGCCUCGAGCGCACGGGCUUCGCCGAGGAGGUGCUCAAGUUCGACAUGCUCGUCGCGUCGCGCGCCGCGGGCCUCGACCUCAUCAACGUCACCGUGUCCGAGCUCCAGGCGCACCUCGACGAGUUCGGCCUCCCCCAGGAGUUCGGCACCUACGGCAAGGUCCGGGGGCUGUCGGGCGGCCAGAAGGUGAAGCUCGUCCUCGCCGCGGCCAUGUGGAACCGGCCCCACCUCCUCAUCCUCGACGAGCCGACGAACUACCUCGACCGCGACUCGCUCGGCGCGCUGUCGAACGCGAUCAAGGACUUUGGCGGCGGCGUCGUCAUGAUCUCCCACUGCCACGAGUUC